AUGAGCGCAGAACAACCAACCAAACAAAUAAACGCUUCUGGGCCUACAGGUGGUGGAAAAGCCCCUGGAGGAAAGGCUGCGACUGGGGGGUUUACUGUUAAAGCCCUUUAUGAUUAUACAGCGGCGGAUAAAGAUGAAGUUAGCUUUAAGGAGGGAGAUGUUAUUGUUAAUUGCCAAAAAGUGGAUGAUGGCUGGUUAACCGGAACAGUACAGAAAACAUUGUUAUGGGGAAUGUUGCCAGCUAAUUAUGUUGAGAAGAUUAAUACACCGACAGGAAUGUUUCGUGUAAAAUAA